AGUUGUCUAUAGUGAGGCCUCUCUUAGCAUUCUCUCUCAAAUUCUUCUCCCUGUCUCUCUUUCUUUGAUCUAAUAACAAAAAACUCUUUUGUUCCUCUCCUCAAUCUAUAUAGCUCUAAAUCAAGAAGAUAAUAAUAUUACUUUCCUGAACUUUGUUAUAAAUAUAUUUUUUCUUGAAAUAAUAAUGGGGAGACAACCAUGUUGUGACAAAGUUGGAUUGAAGAAAGGUCCAUGGACAGCUGAGGAAGACAAGAAGCUCAUUGACUUCAUUCUCAACAAUGGCCAAUGUUGUUGGAGAGCUGUUCCUAAACUUACAGGGCUUUUGAGGUGUGGAAAGAGUUGUAGACUAAGAUGGACAAAUUAUCUGAGACCAGAUUUAAAGAGAGGACUUUUAUCAGAAUAUGAAGAAAAAAUGGUUAUUGAUCUUCAUGCUCAACUUGGCAACAGGUAAAUUAUUUAAUUAUCUUUGAAAAAACCAUGCAAAUUAUUUCUCAUACUUUUCACUUUUGGCAUUUGCAUAUUUAAAAACAUGAGUUUUGAAAUUACUUUCAUGUGGAGUUCAUUAAAAGCAAUUUUUUUUUUGUUCAUGUAUGUCCGAAGGUAUGUUGAGCGGACUCUUCAAAAUGUUGUCGCAUUUUUGUCGGAUUCUUCAAAAACACACUACUUUUGGAGGAUUCGACACGCACCCGGCGAUAUUUUUGGAGAGUCCGACCAACACAACCGUGGUAAACAACAACUUUAACUCAGUUUCAGACACCAAUUCUUCACGGUGUAGAUUUCCGUGUCAUUGUUAUUAUCAAUUCUUUUUUUUUUCUUACCUAUUUAAGACUCUUUUUACCCAAGUGGGAAAAUGGACCCCUCAAAUAUUGCACUUCACAAGAUACCAAUAUGCCAAACAUAAAAAAAAAAAAAAAAA